AACAUGGCUGCUGCAGCCAGGAUGAGGACGUGGAGCCGUCCGACCAAAGGAGUUUUCUGUCGGUGGGCGGUCUGGUUUGUAGUUCUACUAAAUGUUGUAAAUGCUGCUGAAGCAGCGCCAGAGCCCGGACUUUGGAAAAUCACAGUUUUUAAUACCUCAAGACCACUGCUGCUAAGGAAGUCUAUGUAUGCAAACACUAAUAUUCAGUUGAAAGUUGUGUCGUUUGGCUGUCCUGAGGAGAUGGACAUCACUAUUCACUGGUAUUUGAAAUACUACCCCUGUCACAAUGAAUUCAACAAUAUUGAAGAGAUGUAUGAGGUAACCCCUCUGAGUCGAGGCGAGAGCUUGGAUCCCAACCCCCUCGGACAAGGGGAGUACAUUGAACACAGGCACAGUCCUGUGAAGUGUAGCAAAGCACUACGAUCCUUUCCAAUGCUCAAUAAAGCCAAAGCUGAAUCACUUCCAGCCAAACCGCCUGUCAAGGAAGAAGUGGCAGAUGAAAAUUACACUCGAUGGCUCACUGAGGAGUAUCACAGCAAAGAUGAUGUUAUCGCCACCACGUGGAAGGACGGACCCUACCUACUGGUGGUUAAGAUUAUGUCAAGUAAACCAGAGGCCAACUGGAAUAUAACAGUGGAUGUGGUGAUGAAAGGCAGCCACGGCUACAUUUCUGUCACAGAAUGGCCUCUCAUGAUCUUCUACAUGGUAAUGUGCAUAGUGUACAUCUUGUACGCCCUGCUGUGGUUUAUCUGGGCAGCCUGCUACUGGAAAGAUCUGCUGAGGAUCCAGUUCUGGAUCGCCGGGGUUAUAUUCCUCGGCAUGGUGGAGAAGGCCGUCUUCUGCGCCGAAUAUGAAAACACCAACACGGUCGGCUCUCCUUCACCGGGUUUGUUGAUUUUUGCUGAAUUGGUCUCAGCUCUGAAGAGGACUUUGGCUCGACUGCUUGUCAUAAUCGUCAGCCUUGGUUAUGGCAUCGUCAAGCCUCGCCUCGGCACUGUGAUGCACCGAGUCGUGGGACUCGGCGUCCUCUACUUCGCCUUUGCCAGCAUAGAGGGCGUGCUGAGGAUCACCGGGGCAAAAGACUCUGACUUGGCCCUGCUGGCCAACAUUCCCCUGGCUCUGCUUGAUUCCUCCUUAUGCUGGUGGAUUUUUGUCAGUCUUGCACAAACUAUCAAGACUUUGAAGCUGAGGAGAAACCCGGUCAAGUUGUCCCUCUACAGACACUUUACAAACACAUUAAUAUUUGCUGUUAUUGCUUCCAUUAUUUUCAUGGGUUGGAUGGCUAAAAAGUUUCGAUUAGCAGAGUGUCAGUCGGAUUGGAUUGAACUGUGGGUGGAAGACGCCUUCUGGAGGUUCCUCUUCUCCCUUAUUUUGCUGGUUAUAAUGUUCUUAUGGAGACCGUCAGCCAACAACCAGAGGUAUGCUUUCACGCCGCUCAUCGACGACUCUGACGAUGAGGAGAUUGAGGAGUUCAUUGCAUCUGCGAACCUCGCCGAUGGUAUAAAGUUGCGAGUACAGAAAAGCGAGACUAACGGUACAGCGAAGCCGGCAGAAACGAGCCCUGAUGAGGACUUGAAAUGGGUGGAGGAUAACAUUCCCAGCUCUCUAACCGAUGUAGCUCUGCCGGUCCUGCUCGACUCAGACGAGGAAAUCAUGACGACCAAGUACGAGAUGUCGAAGCUGGAGUGAGGC